UAUUGGUUGGGAAGAUCCCUAGAAGAUAGGGAUUCCUCCUUGGCCGUUGCUCACGUCUUCAACAAACUCCCUAAUCUUCGGUCAAAGCUUGGACCUCUUCCCAUCUUAUGACGGCGUGGCCCAUGUUGGGCUUCUGGGCUUGGAACUUGACCUAUCUCCUCUUGUCGCCAGAGCCUUGUCGCUGGUCUUACGUCGCCCAGGCUUUGUCGCCUGUCGCUUCACUCGACAGGCUCACUUGACACGACGCCACCUGCGACACGAUGAUACCUGGAUGGCACGACAAUAUCAGACGUCAAAGCAGUUAUGUCGUUAGUCCAAUAAAGUGGGAUAACAGUUUGCCCCCAAUUGUGAGUUUGCGGAGUGCAUACAAAGCAAAAGAAACAAUUCAAAAUUCAAAAAGUAAACCGUCUACAACCGUCCAGUUCGUGGGACGGAACCGUUCCGAUUCUCGAAGUAAUAAAUGCCAAUUUUUCGCGACAUGAAAUAAAGUGUCUUAGAAUUUUUCGAAGGAAGUUUCCAGAUCUGAAAACAAGAGAGAGAAAAGGAAGGGAGGAAUUGCUUUCGUUGCUUCGAUUUAGCCAUACCCAGGUAAAAUUUCGAUCAUUUCCUUCGAUUUUCUUGUAGAUUUUAGUAGAGCGAUGGCAAAAACUAGGCCGACCGUGGUUAAGGAUAAGGAAGAUGUUGGGGUUAGUCGGGCCAAGUCACUCAACCCGAUCUACUCUACUGUUGAGGAUCCAGCGGCUUUUAUAACUCUCGCCGGUCUGCCGCCGUCGGCUGAAGUGAGGAUUCCUGGUCAAGAGGAUGAGGCCAAGGAUUGCCCGGAGGGUUAUGUGGUCAUGUAUGAGUACCCUUUUAUUCUGGGGUUUUUGUUUCCUUUUACACCCUUGGCUAGAUCUUUUGUUGAGGUGUUCAAUUUAAGCCCUGGCCAAUUGAUGCCCCAGAUCUGGCGUAUUUUUACUGUAGUGCAUAGGGUUACUUCGGGUUGGCGAACACCGUUUGACUUGGCUGAUCUGAUGCAUGUUUAUGAUUUAUCCUUGAAGGAGUGUUGUCGGUAUACUUUGGUGACGAAGAAAAAGAAGAAGAAUUUGUGUGUCGGGUUAGCUGUAAAUGAUAGGGGUUGGCAAAGUCGUUUUGUUUAUGUGAAUAAGGCGUCUCUGGGAGAAGUAGGAAACUUCUUAGUGGAAGGGUGGACGACGGAAGUUGUUGAUACGUCGUUAGCUGGUUUGAACUCUGACUCUCACGAUAAGUGUUUGAGGUUUCUGGGUUGUUCUGUCGUGGAGAGAUCGUUCAGCCGUGACGGAGGUCGUUUGGGAAGUCAAGAGGGGAGUCAAGUUGGUGACGUUGACGAGGAGGAGGCUGAAGACGAGACGAUUUGCUUAGUUCGUCGUCGACGGAGGUUGGACUUACUCGAGGAAGUCGUUGCGAAUUCGUCGUCUGCAUCAGAGGAAGAGUUUGAGAUGGCUAACACAUCAGAGAAUACGCUGUCGUCUAAGCCAGUGUCGAGGAUGUCACAGAGCGAGAUGAUGGAACGAGCUAGGAAGCGGUUGAGGUCGAACAGUAACGCUGGUGGGCAGGGUGGUCAGGCGAUGCCUCUCGUGCCUCGUUAUUCUAAGAUAGGUGCGUCGCCUGAGACGCCCGUUGUUAUAGGGGGUGAAGGUUUUCAUCCUCUAUCAUCGUCGUCGCCGCCGAGGCCGUUUCAGGUGUCGUCGACUGCUGUUGCUGCGACUAGGCCCCCUGCUGCGUCGGCCAAGAAGCGUCCUGCUGACAAAAGCUCCGUCGAGGAUACUGUUGUCACUCUGCCCCCGAACUUCUUGGGCGACGGUGAAGAUGCCGUUGUUUGGCCGCAUGCAGACCGAUUGAUAUUGCCCUCGACGUAUCAGCGUUAUCAUGAGGUCGUACCUCUUUCUGUCGCGUCGGACGCUGCUGAACUAAGCCUGCGGGCGUCACAGGCUGCUUUGGCCGUGCGUAGGCAGUGCUCCUUGUUGUGCGACGAGCUUAUCUCCUCGAAGAACCAAGUGGCUAUGGAGAAGAAGGCGGCGACUUCUUGGGAAGGUAAGUGGAUGGCUUCUGAGAAGAAGUUGGUCGAUCUUGCUGCGGCGGUUAAGUCGAAAGACGAACAAUUAAAGGGCAAGGACGACCAGAUUGCUGACGCGUCGAAGGAGUUGGAAAGGGUAAAGGGGGAGUUGGCGUCGACCGUGGAAGAAAUGCAAGGGUUAAGGAUUUUAUACGACGCUUUGCAGGAGGAGUUUAAGGAUUGCGAGGCUUUGGCUGUGUGGAGGACGAGGGCGCAGAUGAUGUUCUCGUGUUUGAAGGGGGAGGUUAGCCUCUGGCCAUGCCAAAAAGAGGUGGAUGACUACCUUGCUAAUGGUGGUACCCUUGAAGAGUUGUCGGUGCCGGUGGUGGACGCGGAUGAGUUGGCGAUGGAAGCCGACACUGCUGGUACUAACGGAGCUGAUGCCGAUGUCGCCCCUCUGGUCGAAGACGUUUCUUCCGUUGAUCGAGAGGGUGAAGCGUCCAUGGAGCAAGGCGAGGGAGAUGUUCCCGUCGUCGCCCCUCCCGAGGUGGAUUUGGCAGACGCGACGGUCAAUGUUGACAUGCCCCCGAUAUCGGAUCAAGUUGUCUCGACCCCUCUUCCAGACGAACAUAUGUAA